UUGCAAAGGAAUCAGAGGGUUUAAUCUUGUUUGAAUCCUCAGACCAAAUCCUGCGAGGACUCCGUGGCCACCUCACAGCUGAUGUUUCCUGUCACUAGUAGCCAAUCCCGGUGGUCCUGGAGAUCCCCCAGCUCUAGUGAUGCAGGUUACCUUUCUGCUCCCGGGAUUUCAGCUGUGCCUCAGCCUCGCUCCCCCAGCUUGAGACGCUUAUAAACUGGGAUGUGGAAGCCCAGGCAGCACAGCUAGUGGCCACUGGGAGGGCCACGUCUGGGUAGAGCCAGGCCCAGACCAGGAUGCCGCCUGCCUCUGCCCUGGUCAGGAGCUGAGCUGCAGUGGCUCUGCUGACGCGCCAGCCCCAGCUCUGGUUUGUGCUUAAAUGGCACGGCAGCUGGUUGGCGCAUCCGAACAGGAAGGUGUGAGCAGCAAAGCCCAUGGCCACCUACCCCUGCCGAUUAUGUGGCAAGACAUUCCUCACCCUGGAGAAGUACACCAUUCAUACUUAUUCCCACUCCAGGGAGCGGCCUUACAAGUGCUUGCAGCCAGACUGUGGCAAAGCCUUCGUUUCCAGAUAUAAAUUAAUGAGGCACAUGGCGACCCACUCACCCCAAAAAUCUCAUCAGUGCGCUCACUGUGAGAAGACGUUCAACCGGAAAGACCAUCUGAAAAACCACCUCCAGACUCAUGACCCCAACAAAAUGGCCUUUGGGUGUGAGGAGUGUGGAAAGAAGUACAAUACCAUGUUGGGCUACAAGAGGCACCUGGCCCUCCAUGCAGCCAGCAGUGGGGACCUCACAUGUGGGGUCUGUGCCUUGGAGCUAGGGAGCACUGAGGUGCUGCUCGACCACCUCAAAGCCCAUGCGGAAGAAAAACCCUCAACUGGAACCAAGGAGAAGAAGCACCAAUGUGACCACUGUGAACGAUGCUUCUACACCCGGAAGGACGUGCGGCGCCAUCUGGUGGUCCACACAGGCUGCAAGGACUUCCUGUGUCAGUUUUGUGCCCAGAGGUUUGGGCGCAAAGACCACCUCACCAGGCAUACCAAGAAGACGCAUUCGCAGGAGCUGAUGAAAGAGAGUCUGCAGAAUGGUGACCUCCUGGGCACCUUCCACUCCAUCACGCCUCCGUUCCAGCUGAAGGCCGCUCCGUUGUCUCCGUUCCCCAUAGCAGCCCCUGUGCAGAAUGGGCUUGCAAGCAGCUUGCCAGCUGAGGUUCACAGCCACACCCGCAGUCCCCCGGAGCAAAUCUCCCAACCUGUGCAGCCCCUGCCAGAGCCCCUCCCCUCUAUCCACCCCUCGACAUCUCCUGGCUCCCCUCCACCAGCCCUCCCGAAUCACAAGUACAACACCACUUCUACCUCAUACUCCCCGCUUGCAAGUCUGCCCCUCAAAGCAGAUACUAAAGGAUUCUGCAAUCUCAGUCUGCUCGAGGACUUGCCUCUGCCAGAGCCUCAGUCACCUCACAAGCUCAACCCAGGUUUUGAUCUGGCCAAGGGCAGUGCUGGUAAAGUGAACCUGCCCAAGGAGCUACCUGCAGAUGCUGUGAACCUCACCAUCCCUGCCUCUUUGGACAUAUCCCCCCUUUUGGGCUUCUGGCAGCUGCCCCCUCCUGCUACCCAAAAUGCCUUUGGGAACAGCCCCCUCAGCCUGGGGCCUGGCGAACCUCUGCCCCAUAGGUUAAGCUGUCUGGGGCAACAGCAGCAAGAACCCCCACUAGCCAUGAGCACUAUGAGCCUGGGCCAGCUCCCCCUGCCCCCCAUUCCCCAUGUGUUCCCUGCCGGCACGGGUUCUGCCAUCCUGCCUCAUUUCCACCAUGCAUUCAGAUGACUGGCUUUGCAAGCAUCCUUAUCCUGGCAAAUGUUUUAAGAAGCA